GGGGACAAGAAGACAACAAUGUUACGUAUCUCAAGGCCAAGCUGGGCUACAGGAAGAUAAAAACCCAGGUUCCCAGGCCUUGACAAACGAUACGUUGCUCAGCAUCCUCAUCUCGUCACUCCUAUCUCCAGCCUCCGACCAGACGGACAGAACCAACAGCAAGCGCCCUCUUUUGCCGGACUCGAACCAAGCUCGUCACCAUGUCCUUUGCGUUCACCGUCUCGAUAAUGCUUCUGGGCUCUUCGGCCGUGGUUGCGUUUGUCUUGCAGCCAUCCAAUGAAGAACCUGCAACCUCUGCCAUCAGUUGCCGUGGCGAGUCAUUGGAGUCCAUCAGGAAGAGUCUCCUCAAGGCUCUCAACCUGGAGGCCGAGCCUCGUCUUCCUGCUGGCGGGCUGCACGCUAUCAGAGAGCAAUGGCAGCGCACCACUUCUCACAGAACCAAAGUUGCUGCAGCUGCAGCAGCCCCUGACUCACGUGAUGGAGAAAACCGUCUGAGGUGCUGCUCUGUGGCCUCUGAGAUCUUCAUGAAAGAUCUGGGCUGGGACAACUGGGUGAUCCAUCCCUCCAGCCUCACCAUUGUUCACUGUGCACUCUGCAACCCUGAGAUGAACAACGUGCAAUGUCCAUCAUCCCACACCAAUGGCCAGGAGGCCAACUCACAGGUCCAGGUGCCAUGUUGUCAGCCCAGCUCCCAGGAAUUGGUGCCCAUCGUCUACGUGGACGAGUCCAACACUGUCGUCAUUUCCUCCGUUCAGCUGACCCGCAGCUGCAGCUGUGGACCUGGAGGCAACAGAGAAUAA